AAGUACUAAUAAGCACUUGAUAUCCCUUCUGAACACGAUCAAGAUGUCUCAAGUCUACGUCAACGAGAAGGCAGGUACUGAUACCGCCACCACAGCCGGAACUGAGCAACAGCCAUUCCAAACUGCUGCAUAUGCCCUCUUUUCACAACCAGAAGCCAAGGUUUUGAUCCACAAACAACUCGAAGAAAGUGAGGAAUUCGGAUAUGUCGAGAUCUCUGCCUCUGCAUUGAAGAAGGCCAAGAAGGGUGCCGAAGGCUUGAAGAAGAAACUUGAAAAGCAAGCCAAAUUAGACGAGCAAUCCAAGCAAAAGGAAGAAGAAAACUCCAAGAAACUUGCCGAAUUGGAAUUGAUUAAAAUUGUCGAAGAUGAGUCCUUACCAGAAGCCAAGAAGAUCAAGUUGAGAUCUGUUCAAGAAAACAUAGAUACAAGAGUCGCCGUGCAAGGUUGGAUCCAUCGUUUGAGAAUCCAAAAGGGAUUUGCAUUCAUCACCUUAAGAGAUGGUAGCGGAUACAUCCAAGCCGUUUUAACCGGUGAUUUGGCCAAGGCCAAGUCUACCCAAGAAUUGACUUUGGAAUCCACCGUCAUUAUCAAGGGUGUCAUCAACAAAUUGCCAGAAGGAAAGACCGCGCCAGGUGGUGUCGAAUUAAAGGCAGACUUCUACAAGAUUGUCGGCUUAGCCCCAGGUGGCGAAGAAGCAUUCUCGAACAAGGUCCAAGAAAAGGCUGAUCCAUCGUUAUUGUUGGACCAACGUCACUUGGCUUUGAGAGGUGAAACCUUAUCUGCCGUUAUGAAGGUCAGAGCAAGCUUGUUGAAGGCUGUCAGAAGAGUCUACGAUGAAGAAGGAUUCACUGAAGUGACUCCACCAUGUAUGGUUCAAACUCAAGUUGAAGGUGGCUCCACAUUGUUCAAGAUGGAUUACUACGGUGAAGAAGCUUUCUUGACCCAAUCUUCUCAAUUAUACUUGGAAACCUGUUUGCCAUCUUUGGGUGACGUCUACUGUAUCCAAGAAUCUUUCAGAGCCGAAAAGUCCCACACUAGAAGACAUUUAAGUGAAUACACCCACAUUGAGAGUGAAAUGGGAUUCCUCGAAUUCGACGACAUGUUGGCUCACAUCGAGAAACUUAUUACCAAGACUGUUCAGUACGUUCUUGAGGACCCAGUCUCCGGUCCAUUGAUCAAGCAGUUGAACCCAGACUUUGUUCCACCAUCAAUGCCAUUCAGAAGAAUGGAAUAUAUCCACGCCUUGGACUGGUUGAACGAACACGGCAUUCCAAACGAAGAUGGUGAAAAGUUCAAGUUCGGUGACGAUAUUGCCGAAGCUGCUGAACGUAAGAUGACCGAUGCUAUUGGUGAACCAAUCUUGUUGAUCCGUUUCCCUGUCGAAAUCAAGUCCUUCUACAUGCAAAAGUGCUCUGACGACCCAAGAGUCACUGAGUCUGUUGAUGUGUUGAUGCCAAAUGUUGGUGAAAUUACCGGUGGUUCUAUGAGAACUUACGACCACGACGAAUUGGUUGCUGCUAUGAAGAGAGAAAAGUUGGACAUCGAUGCUUACUACUGGUUCAUUGACCAAAGAAAAUACGGUACCUGUCCACACGGUGGUUACGGUUUGGGUACCGAGAGAAUCUUGGCCUGGUUAUGUGACAGAUUCACUGUCAGGGACUGUUCCUUGUACCCAAGAUUUACUGGCAGAUGUAAGCCAUGAGGAAUGGUGAGUUCAUGUAUAUCAUAUUACAUAUUCAAUAAUGUAUCAAUAGAGACACGUAAGAG